GAAGAGAAAAACUGUCUAAAGAAGUUUUCAUUCAAUGGCGGAAGAGAAGAGCUUCAAGUACGUUAUCUCAGGAGCUGAUAUAUCUGCCGGUUAUGCGGCCAGAGAAUUUGCCAGGCAGGGCCUGAAGCAUGGUGAACUAGCAAUUAUAUCCAAUGAACCAGCAAGUAACAAAAUAUUUGGACUUGGAGAUAUUGACAUAGAGACCAAUACUAAUCUUUCAAAGAACUACAUAUGUGGUGGUCCUGGUGGAACUGGGGAAGAGAGUCAAAGCCAUCAAUGGUACAAAGACAAAGGUAUCGAAUUGAUUCUAAGCACAGAGAUCAUCAAAGCAGAUCUUUCCACGAAGAGUUUUUUCAGUACUGGUGGAACAAUCUUCAAAUACCAAACUUUGAUAGUUGCAACUGGCUCUACCUGUGUAAGAUUGUCAGAAUGUGGUUUCCAAGAUACAAACGCUAAGAAUAUCUUCUACCUUAGAGAUAUCAAGGAUGUUGAUCAGCUCGCGUUGACAAUGGAAACAAAGAAGAAGAGAACGGUCGUGGUUAUUGGCGGCGGAUACAGAGGAUUUGAAGUCAGUGCUUCACUAACGGUUAACAACUAUGAGGUCACCAUGGUUUUUCCAGAACCUUGGAUUAUGCAUUGGCUUUUCAGCGCUGAGAUCGCUUCUUUCUACGAAGGUUACUAUGCUAACAAGGGAAUAAAGAUCAUCAAGAGUACUAAAGCCACUGGAUUCAGUACCAACUCAAACGGGGAGGUAACAGAAGUGAAACUAGAUGAUGGUAGAACCCUAGAAGCUGACAUGGUGCUCCUUGAUGGUGGUGGUAGACCGAUGACAUCACUUUUCAGAGGUCAGGUAGUAGAGGAGAAGGGUGGACUAAAGACUGAUGGAUUCUUCAAAACAAGCGUAUCCAAUGUAUACGCCAUUGGAGAUGUAGCUACAUUCCCUAUGAAACUCUAUGGCGACAUGAGACGUGUAGAACACGUUAACCAUGCUUUCAAAUCCGCUGAACAUGCAGUCAAGGCAAUCAAGGCAGCAGAGGAAGGGAGAUUGAUUCAAGAGUAUGAUUAUCUUCCUUUCUACAACUCUCGAGCCUUUGAUCUCUCUUGGCAGUUUUAUGGAGACAACGUUGGACAAUCUGUACUAUUUGGAGACAACGAUCCAAAAUCUCCAAAGGCAAAGUUUGGGACUUAUUGGGUUAAAGAUGGGAAAGUGGUGGGAUCAUUUCUAGAAGGAGGAGUUGUGGAAGAGAACAAUGCCAUUGCUAGAGUUGCCCGGACACAACCUUCAGUUGGUAGCCUUGAGGUGUUGUCCAACGUUGGAGAGUUGCUUAUUGGAUCAAGAGUUAAUAGAAAUAGGGUCUUAGUUUCAUGCCAUAUUUAAUAACAUAUAUGUUUAUUUAAGAGUUACAAAACAAAAAGAGUUUCUUCAAGAGUAUUAAUACUCUUGUUUGAUCAUACAAUAUCUAAGGAUGUCUAGUUUAAUAUAUAUCAUAAACAUUAUCUGUUUAC